GUUAUUCAGGUCGCAUAGCGGAAGCGGCAUUCACAAGCCCACAAAAGAGCCGGAAAACGGGCGGGUUGAGUCGGGACGAAGGUGUGGAGCUGGGCUGCCCAUAGCGGACCCAGAUACCCCAACGACGGCCCUGAUGGAGCCCGGGACCCGACGCUAUCCGCUUCUUUUCCGCCGACUUGUGUGAGGAAGCCUGUUCAGAAUGAGCAGUUCCUGGACCAUCUCUGCAUCCUCUAUCCAGUGUUGAUGUUGCUUUCCUCGGCUUACGAGGAUGGCGACCUCCAUCCCCUGAGAGCCAUCCGUGAUGCCCAGACGGGGGCCACUCCUGCAGGCCCGGGCCCGCUGGCUGCUACUGGGUCUCCUGCUAGUGCUGCUCCUCACACUCUUCCUCUACCUGCUAGAAUGCAGUCCCGCCGGUGACGCCGGUGCCGCCCUGCCCGGCUUUGCAGGCGAUCCAUAUAGCCGUGAGCACUUCCAGACGCUGCUGCAGGAGCAAGAGGAGCGACACCUCAGCCGCGUGUCCAGUCUGAAGCGUCAGAUUGCCCAGCUGAAGCAGGAGCUUCAGGAGAUGGGUGACAAGCUGAAGACCCUGCAGGAGAAGAAGGAUCCUGGAGGCCGGGCCCAUGUGGAGACACACGACCAGGAGCCCAGCGACCUGCUGGAAUUCCUCCAUGGGCAGAUUGAGAAGGCAGAGGUGAGCACUGGAGCCCGCCUCCCCAGUGAGUAUGCCUUGGUGGCCUUUGAGAGCUUUACCACCACCAAGGUCUACCAGCUGGAGAUGGGUCUGACUCGACACCCCGAGGAGAAACCCGUCCGUAAGGAUCGCAGGGACGAGCUUGCGGAGGUCAUUGAAGCUGGCCUGGAUGUCAUCAACAACCCGGAGGAGGAUGACGGUCCAGAGGACGAAGAUGUGCCCGUGCAAAGGCAAAUGUACAGUGAGAGUGAUUUUGUGGAAGGUCUGUACAGGACUGAGAGAGACAAAGGGUCUCUGUAUGAGCUCUUCUACAGCAAGGAGGGCACCAGCAGCUUCCACCACGUAACCUUGUUUCGGCCGUUUGGGCCACUGAUGAAGGUGCGCAGCACGGCUGUGGACCUCACCAAUACUGCCAUCAACAUCAUUGUGCCACUCUCAGGCCGCACUGAGGCCUUCUCGCAGUUUCUUCACAACUUCAGGGAGGUCUGCAUACAGCAUGACAAGCGGGUGCAUCUCACUGUCGUCUAUUUUGGACAGAAAGGUCUUCAGGAGGUGAAAUCCUCCUUGGAGAAAGUCUCCAGGCUAGAGAGCUUCUCCAACUACACCCUGAUCCCUGUGGAUGAGGAAUUUUCACGGGGGCGGGGUUUAAAUAUAGGGGCCCACGCAUGGGGGAACAGUGACGUGCUGAUGUUCUUUUGUGAUGUUGACAUUUACUUCAGCCCUGAGUUCCUCAACACAUGUCGGCUUAAUACAUCUCCAGGCAGAAGAGUUUUUUAUCCAGUGGUCUUCAGCCUGUACAAUCCUGCCAUCGUUUAUGGGAACCUGGAGCUAUCUCCCAGCAUUGAACAUCAGCUUGUUCAUAAAAAAGAUGCUGGUUUCUGGAGAGACUUUGGAUUUGGGAUGACCUGCCAGUAUCGUUCAGACUUUCUCAGCAUUGGAGGCUUUGAUCUUGAAGUGAAAGGCUGGGGUGUGGAGGAUGUCCACCUGUACAGAAAGUACCUGCGAAGCGAGUUUGUCGUCGUGCGGACGCCCGUAUCUGGCCUCUUCCACCUGUGGCACGAGAAGCUUUGUGCAGAUGAGCUGACCCCAGAACAGUACCGCAUGUGUAUCCAGUCCAAGGCCAUGAAUGAAGCUUCACAUUCUCACUUAGGCAUGCUGGUGUUCCGGGACGAGAUCGAACAGCACCUUCGCAAGCAGGCCUACAAGGUCCAGAGCAAGCCUGACGAGUUGGCAAGACCUAAUGAGUAGGCGGGGCCUGAAGAUCACGCAGAGCAAGAAGAAUUGAAGUUCACUGCUGAGGCAGGAAAGGAAGAGAAUGAACAAAGCUAGCUUGUUCUUGAAAUGAAGCACAAUACUGUCUUUGUCUUCCACAAAUCAGUUUGAAAUUAAGUCCAUUUCUAACAUUAUUAUAUUGAUUUGUCUAAUGAAGGAAAGGGAGUUAGAGUAAAAUGAGCAUUUGUCUGUCCCUUUUACAGGCUGAUGUCCUGUUUCCACUAUGUAUCCUAAAAAAUAACAUUCAGUGUUUGAGUGGCUCUGCAAAAAAAAAUCCUGUUCAUAAAGGCACCUCAAUUUUACUCAUUUUUCCCACAAGUAUUCAUAAGUAUGAAGAUAUGUGUGAUACGUGGCAAAUUCAUAAGGAAUAAACCAGGAGCAGCUGAGCUGAGGUACAUGCAUGCCACAUUGCUCUGAUGGCUUCUCCUUAGACCUGCAGAAAUAGCACUAAAAAGCACCCUGUAGUCCAACGGAUAAUGGAUGCAAAGUGUGCUUUUUACUGUCAUUCAGAAACAUUUUGCUUUGGUUACAUUCGUCUUGCCCAUAAGUCCAUUUUGGCUGAAAUCAUGAGGUGAUGUCAGCUCUCGGCACAGAAACAUCCCAGUGGCCUGUAAAUGGUUGAAAUUUCCCAGUGGCCUGUAAAUGUUUUUCAGGGAUUUGUUUAAUUUAUCCCAGGUAUAUGCCUGUGAUUUGAGAGGAUAACAUAGGAUUUACUCUAGGCAGUGAUCAGACUGUCAGGAAGUAUCUGAAACCUCACAGUACUUGACAGCAUCGAACAACCCUGACCAGGCCUUUCUCCCAUUGGGAUUUAUGCAUAAAGUUGUUAAUUUUCUAAUAUCAGCUUGAUUUCACUUCUGUGCUGCUUUACUUCUACUGGAUUGUUUUUGUCCUAACUUGAAUAACUGACAUCGAGCUUCCUUAAAUUCACAGAUUUGUUGCUCCUGUGUGUUUUAUUCAUGGGGACCUUUUAAAGUGUUUUAACUGCAGUAUUGGUCUGGGUAGAGCUCUGCCUUUAUCUUCUCUCUAACUGUUCUGGAUUGUCUUAUGCUUCAAGAAGUUUAAGAAAUUAAUUAAACCCAGUUUUUAUGGAA